AUGAAGGCCUCGAUGCUCCUCCUCGCGGCGCCCGCCAUGGGCCUCGUCGCCCCCGUGACGAAGUCGGCGACGGCCCUCGGCGCGUCGGGCCUCGACGGCAUGUACGGCGGCGUGGAGGCCGGCGACCCCAUGCCCGGCGCGGGCGCCUGGGACCCCAUGUCCUUCGGCGAGCUCCACGACCUCGUCAAGGGCAGCGAGCACGCCGGCGUCAUGCCCCACCCCCAGUGGCUCCGCGAGGCCGAGAUCAAGCACGGCCGCGUCGCGAUGCUCGCGUUUACCGGCGCGCUCGUGCAGUCGUACGGCAUGCACUUCCCGGGCACGCUCAACGGCGAGUACUACGAGGCGGGCGUGAACCCCUUCGAGGCGACGCCGUCGGCCUUCGCGACGUGCCCGACGGGCAUGGCCCAGAUCCUCCUCUUCAUCGGCCUCACCGAGGGCUUCACGUUCCCCGAGGGCGCGUGGGCGGGAGCCAUGACGCGCGACGCGGGCGACCUCGGCUACCGCUGGGACUGGGCGAACAAGAACGACCUCGAGGCCCAGAAGGUCACGGAGCUCAAGAACGGCCGCGCGGCGAUGAUCGGCAUCAUGGCCUUCUCCGCGGCCCACUUCAUCCCGGGCUCCGUGCCCUUCUUCUUCAACGCGUAGGGCGGCGCCGCGGCGAGAAGGCAUAUCGGGGGGGCUAAGGGCGCAGUCUUUCUCUC